CAUCUGACUGUGAAGGUGGCUCACGCACCUCUCCGUCUCCCUCCCUCUUUGCUUUUUGGCGCUUCUCACAUUGAGGAACGCCAUUUAGGCAUUUACUCAUACGAUACCCACUCAAGCACAAAGCUCUUGUGAUUUUCUCUUUUCCCUCUCGAGGUGAUUUUUCUCUCGUUUGAUUUUUCCCUGCUACAAUGAAGGGAAGCGCGAAGAAGAAGGCUGGUUCGGAGGCACCAAUUGAUGCUUCUAAUGGUGGUACCGGUGAUGCUGGCACUAAUGGGGCUGCUGAUUCAUUGGCUCCUUUUGCGGAAAACAAUGAUGGCUUCGAGCAGAAAGGGGACGAAGGGGAGGAGACCCCUUUGCAAGCUUCGGAAGGAGAGGAUGAAGAGGGAGAGGAAGAGGAAGAUGAAGAGAAGGAGGAAGAGAAGGGGGAUGGACAUACGGUGGCUAGAGAUGGUCAGGGUCCCAAGCUUGAAGAUGACUUCUAUGAAGUCGAAACAAUACGUCGCAAAAGGAUUCGCAAGGGUCAGCUUCAGUACCUUGUCAAAUGGCGCGAUUGGCCUGAGACUGCUAACACUUGGGAGCCCCUAGAAAAUCUGAAGUCAGUUCCUGAUGUCAUCGAUGCUUUUGAAAAGAGCUUGAAAUCAGGGAAGCAUAGGAAGCGCAAGCGCAAGCAUGUUGUUCAACACACUCAAAUCAAGAAGAGGCAACAACGCUCUGCUACUUCUUACAGUCUUAGACGUUUUGCACCUCCGGUUGCUGAUAACCAUCCACUAUCUGCUCCUCUCGUUGAUCCCAGCACUCCUGAUAUUCCUGCCCGUCCUCAUACUGUGAUCUUUGCUGAUGAUGGAGAAAAUUAUGGAAAAGUCAGUGGAACUGUCGAAAAUGGGUUAGCAAAUGUUUCAAAGCAAGGUGUUGAAAGGAAUGAGGAACCUGAUUAUGACCCAAAGAUUAGUGAACUUAAAGCAAUUACAAUCAAUGGAAAUGAUGCAGAUAAAGUUGCAGUACACUCCCAAGAAGCCAAGACUUCAACUGGCAAUGGUCAAAUGGGUGGUCAAUGUAAGGCGGAUUCUGGAGAACCAGGUCAAAGUGGCCGCUGCCGAGGAGCAAAGAGGAGAAAAUCUGGUUCUGUUAAGAGGUUCAAGAAUGAUUCUCACUCAGGAGAGCAUGUUGAUGCUCUAAAGCCCUUGUCAGGUGGUGCAAUGGAACAUGCAGGCACAGGCACUCUUGCUUCUGCAGGGAACAAUAGUCAUCAGAUAGUGAAUGAUGCUAAAACUGCUUGUAAUAUUAUCAAGCUUAUAAGGCCAGUAGGCUAUCAAGCUUCUAUAGCCGAGGGCAAUGGACACAAUAUUUCGGUGACUUUUGUGGCUUUGAGGAAUGAUGGAGCCAAAGUGAUGGUGGAUAAUAGAUAUCUCAAGUUGUACAAUCCAAUUCUGCUGAUCAAUUUCUAUGAGCAACACCUGCGGUACACUCCCACACCGACACCGUGAUUGGGCAAGGAAGAGUGGCAAAUUGACUUGUGUAGCGAAAACUUGUUGCUGUCAGUAAUGUAGAAUCUGUUGUAGAUGCAGAAGAAAGUAUAGGGUCAAAAUCUCCUAGCUGGUUUAUGAUUUAGUAGUGUAUGAACUAUUUAAGUAUCUCUGUUGUGUUUUAAAAUACCCCAUUUGAGUACAUUCCGUGAUGUCUAUGUAUUUAUCAUUGUGAUAGUAAUUUGUUUUCGGGUCAUAGUCUCUUGUUGGCUGGUGAUUUUGGUGUAAUAGCUAUUAAAUUAGCUCAGUUCCAU